AUGGGUUGGACAGGAGGACGGUCCAUCUACGGAGGGAAGUUUGAGGACGAGAACUUCGACGUGAGGCACACGGGCCCGGGACUGCUGUCCAUGGCCAACCGCGGCAGAGACACCAACAGCUCGCAGUUCUUCAUCACCCUCAAGAAAGCAGAACACCUGGACUUCAAGCACGUGGCUUUCGGCUUCGUCAAAGAAGGCAUGGAUGUGGUGAAGAGAAUAGGAGAGCUGGGCGGGAAGGACGGCAAACCCACUAAAGCCAUCACCAUCUCAGACUGUGGACAGCUCUGAACGUUUGGGAAACUUCUGUUCAUGGAGGAAAUUAUGUUUUGUGUCACUCCUUUUUCUCUCUUCUUCUUGGGGAUGACCUACAUGAAAUGACCAUAAAUGCAUUGACUAAAGGGUUAGUUCACCCAAAAGUUUAAAUUCUCUCAUCACUCUCCCUCAUGUCGUUCCUGACCCGUAAGACCUUCGUUCAUCUUCAGAACACGGAUGAAGAUAUUUUUGAUGAAAUCUGAUUGAUCUGAUCACGUUUCAUCUGGAGAACUGCAGACGUUAGUUCAGUCGUGAGGUUGGACAUUUUCCACAUCCACCAUCAGACGCUACUCAUAUAAUCACAACAUGGCAACAAAACAAUGUUGGUGUAAGGAAAUGUAAAAGUCAAGCGCCUACAAUAGGCCAAGCGUCACUGGAUCAUCACUGUGAAGAGUCAUUCAGUGCCACUGCCGGACGGAUAUCCCAGUCCCAAACUACUGUUACUCCCACCUGAAAACCCCUAUCUCAUUCACUAAUGUGUUCUGUUGUAUUUAUUUAGUUGUGGUAUUGCUUGUAGUUUAAUUAUUCGUUCUUAUUUUAGUACUGAAAGGUCACUUGUCUUUAAUAAUCUUUAAAAUGUGUUUUAGUUAGUAGUUUCAUCUGAGGAAUCAAAACUGGAAUGGAGAAGUGUUCAAUUUCACUGGUGUCUGAAAUGUGGGGUGUUUUAACCUUAUUUACAGAUCAAGAAUACACGAGUCAAAAACAUUAACUAUUUUAUUCAUUUAUUACUUGUUUUGUGGCGGGGCCAGUGAACAUUUAAUUAUUGAAUACAUUGAAUUUAAUUGAAUUGAAAAUAGAAAAUGGAAUUGAAUUCAGAUCUUGUGAAUCAAUUGAA